UUUUCUGUAUAACGGGUUCGAACGUUUCUUCUUCCGGCUCCGACUGGUCAGUGGUAGAAGAAACUAGGUUUCCGGCGACAGCCAAUAAGUCGGAAGCAGAUAGAUAGAUAGAGAUAGAGAGAGAUGGGAACGUCGGUGCAGGUGACGCCACUGUGUGGAGUGUACAAUGAAAACCCAUUAUCAUAUUUGGUUUCCAUCGAUGGCUUCAACUUUCUUAUAGAUUGUGGUUGGAACGAUCACUUCGAUCCCUCCCUCCUUCAACCUCUAUCCAGGGUUGCUUCAAAGAUAGAUGCUGUGUUGUUGUCACAUUCAGAUACAAUGCAUCUUGGUGCUUUACCCUAUGCCAUGAAACAAUUCGGACUUUCUGCUCCAAUUUAUGCAACAGAACCUGUCUACAGAUUAGGGUUAUUAACUAUGUAUGAUCACUAUCUUUCCAGCAAGCAAGUAUCAGAGUUUGAUUUGUUCACACUGGAUGAUAUUGAUUCUGCCUUCCAAAAUGUGACAAGAUUAACCUACUCUCAGAAUUGUCAUUUAUCUGGAAAAGGAGAAGGGAUUGUGAUUGCUCCUCAUGUUGCUGGUCAUCUCUUGGGAGGUACUGUCUGGAAAAUAACUAAAGAUGGAGAAGACGUUAUAUAUGCUGUUGACUUCAAUCAUCGCAAAGAGAGGCAUUUAAAUGGAACAGUGUUAGAAUCUUUUGUUCGGCCUGCCGUUCUUAUAACAGAUGCAUAUAAUGCUUUGAGCAAUCAGCCUUCUAGACGUCAAAGGGAUCAAGAAUUUGUAGAUGCUAUACUAAACACUCUAAGAGGCAAUGGAAAUGUAUUGCUGCCUGUGGAUACUGCUGGUCGUGUACUGGAGCUGCUUUUAAUACUCGAACAGUACUGGGAACAAAAUCAUUUGACCUAUCCUAUCUUCUUUCUCACAUACAUAUCAUCAAGCACGGUUGAUUAUGUCAAGAGUUUCCUUGAGUGGAUGAGUGAUUCAAUAGCAAAGUCCUUCGAACAUACUCGUGAUAAUGCCUUCCUUCUGAAGCAUGUUACUCUUUUGAUCAACAAGAAUGAACUAGAAAAUGCCCCAGAGGGUCCAAAGAUUGUUCUAGCUUCUAUGGCCAGUUUAGAAGUGGGAUUUUCACAUGAUAUAUUCGUAGAAUGGGCUGCUGAUUCAAGAAAUCUUGUUCUUUUUACUGAACGGGGCCAGUUUGGUACUCGUGCACGAAUGCUUCAGUCGGAUCCACCUCCUAAAGCUGUUAAAGUCACCCUUUCCAAGAGAGUUCCAUUGGUUGGGGAGGAGUUAGCUGCAUAUGAAGAAGAGCAAGAACAGAUUAAAAAGGAGGAGGCUUUAAAAGCCACUCUCGUGAAGGAAGAGGAAACAAAAGCUGUGAUUGGAACUGAUAUUGCCAAGGCUGACCCCAUGAUCAUUGAUGGCCAUGCUCAAGUAGAUGCUGUUGGGGUGCGUGGGGAAGCAUAUCGUGAUGUACUUAUUGAUGGAUUUGUUCCACCCUCAGCUAGCGUUGCUCCAAUGUUUCCCUUCUGUGAUAACUCCUCCGAAUGGGAUGAUUUUGGAGAAGUCAUUAAUCCCGAUGAUUAUGUAAUCAAGGAUGAAGAUAUGGACAUGGGAUCCAUGCCUAUCGUUUUUCAGGUGGGUGGAGAUCUUGAUGGAAAACUCGACGAAGGCACUGCUAGUUUGAUGCUUGAUACAACCCCAUCAAAAGUCGUGUCUUCUGAACUUACUGUUCAAGUCAAAUGUUCCUUGGUUUACAUGGAUUUUGAAGGGCGUUCUGAUGGUCGCUCAAUCAAAUCAAUUCUUGCUCAUGUUGCUCCCUUGAAACUUGUCUUGGUGCACGGAUCAGCUGAGGCCACUGAACAUUUGAAGCAACACUGUCUGAAACAUGUUUGUCCCCACGUAUAUGCUCCUCAAAUUGAAGAAACAAUUGAUGUCACAUCAGAUUUGUGUGCUUAUAAGGUGCAACUCUCUGAGAAACUGAUGAGCAAUGUUCUGUUUAAGAAGCUUGGAGAUUACGAAAUAGCGUGGAUUGAUUCUGAGGUAGAAAAGACAGAGAGUGGCAUGUUGUCAUCACUGCCCCUCUCAACAACGGCUCCUCCUCACAAGUCGGUACUUGUCGGAGAUCUAAAAAUGGCAGAUUUUAAGCAGUUUCUUGCCGGAAAGGGUAUCCAGGUAGAAUUUGCAGGUGGGGCACUGCGUUGUGGGGAGUAUGUUACACUGAGGAAAGUUGGUGAUGCUAGUCAGAAGGGUGGUGCUGCAGCUAUCCAACAGAUAGUUAUAGAAGGUCCACUAUGCGAAGAGUAUUACAAGAUUCGGGAAUACCUAUAUUCGCAGUUUUAUUCACUUUAAUGUUGAAUUAAGGAGUCAUGUUAUUUUGUAACAAAGAACAGAAUCAGAUUCUUGUGCAAAUAGUUUUCGGACACUAUAGAUAAGAUCUUUAAAUGCAGUCUCUCCAUGGCAACAAUCCGUCUAUACUAAUUUUGAGCACUGACUGCUGAUUUACAUUUUC